AACACAGAGGAAACAGGAACACACUGGGCAGUUUUUAACCAGAAGAGAGCAGGAGUGAAGAAAAUUCUCCAGGACAGGACAGCACCGGGGAUUCCUCACUGCAGAGGCCGGGACCGGAGCUCCGAGCGCCGGGGAGAGACGCACACACACGGCCCGGUGAAUCUCUCUCGGGGGUUUGUUUGCUCGGAGCCCGACAGACAGAGACUGACACAGGAGGGAGAAGCUGGGAGACAGAUGGAAAGAUGGAGACCCCAGUGUGAAUAGCUAACUCUGCUAAGUUAAACAAGAAGCUAAGCUACGUCCAGGAACCAUGGCGGAGAGGUUCAGUUUAUCAGCCAACAGGCGCCUCAUCGCCGGCCUGCUGGUUAACCUGCUGUCCUCCAUCUGCAUCGUCUUCAUCAACAAGUGGAUCUACGUACACUACGGCUUCCCCAACAUGACCUUGACCCUCGUUCACUUUGUGGUCACCUGGUUGGGACUCUACAUCUGCCAAAAGAUGGACAUUUUCUCUCCAAAAAGCCUCCCGGUUCGCAGGAUCGUGUGGUUGGCUCUGAGCUUCUGUGGGUUCGUGGCCUUCACCAACCUUUCGCUGCAGAACAACUCGAUAGGAACGUACCAGCUGGCGAAAGCCAUGACCACACCCGUCAUCAUCCUCAUCCAGACCACCUACUACAAGAAGACCUUCUCCACCAAGAUUAAACUGACUCUGGUGCCCAUAACAUUAGGAGUGAUAUUGAACUCGUACUAUGACGUGCGGUUCAACGUGCUGGGGACGGUGUUCGCGUCGCUCGGUGUCCUGGUGACAUCUCUGUACCAAGUGUGGGUGGGAGCUAAACAACAUGAGCUCCAGGUGAACUCCAUGCAGCUUCUGUACUAUCAGGCUCCUCUGUCAUCAGGCUUCCUGCUCUGCAUUGUUCCUCUGUUUGAGCCGCUGACCGGAGACGGAGGAAUAUUUGGAUCCUGGUCUCUGCCUGCUCUGGUGACGGUUCUCUUCUCAGGCGUGGUGGCGUUCCUGGUCAACCUGUCCAUCUACUGGAUCAUCGGAAACACCUCAGCUGUCACCUACAACAUGUUUGGUCACUUUAAAUUCUGCAUCACUCUGAUUGGAGGAUACCUGAUCUUCCAGGACCCAUUGUCACUCAACCAGGCUUUGGGGAUCCUUUGUACUCUGGCAGGUAUUCUGUCUUACACUCACAUCAAACUGGCUGAACAGGAGGAGGGGAAGAGCCGCCUGGCCCAGAGACCGUAGGCUGACUCACCUGUCAAUCAACUGCAUGGACUGCCUACAGCGUGACCGGCUGCAGAGAUCUCUUUAUAUAUACAUUUUAUUUUAUUAUAAGUAUUUUUUUAGCAGAGUAAAAGACUUUCAUCGUGAUUUCCUGAAAGGAUUUAAGUGGGUACGACACAACAAGACAUCCUCUGCUCGUCAUGCUCUUCCCUCGCUCCUUUGCUCAUCAACACUGAUGAUUUACGUUUUUAAGGGAAACUGAAGUUCAUUAAAUCUGGCAGCUCGACUUUAAGCUCAGCCACUGAAGGGAAAACGAGAAGCUGUCUUAACUUCAUGAAACUAAAAACCAGAAGCAUCAGACGAGACAUCUUUUUUUUGUUUACACGAUUUUAAAGCAGAUAAAACAUGCGCAACUUUUUUUUGUUCAAACAGCUUUUAGACAAGACGGAUGAAGGAGGUCACAUUCAGCAUCGUUUCUUCCCAUAAUUCCCUGCUGCUGUUUGUGUCUUGCUGUCGACGGGGACUGGAUGACAGUUGAGUAAUCGAUCAAAAGGAGACUGCAGGUUAAAGGAGCGGCGUUAAAGGACUAUGAUGGAGCGUCUCAACGGCUACAGUCAUGUUUUAUUGAGAUAGGCAACAAAACCUCAUUUGCUGUUGGAGGCAGACAAUGAAAACACUAUAUUAAUAGUAAUGACAUUAGUAAAAUAACGAUAGUAAUAUUUCCUGCUAGUUCUGUCCGUCCAGCAGAAAAGAAUGGCAGCUCAAACCCACUCCCAAAACCAAAUGUUUCUACAUAAUACAUCAUCUUUCAUGUGUUUCUGCUCUUUGACGCUCAGACUGCACUGUUUGUUGGAAAAUGUCCAGAUUUAUGACAGUAGACAUGAAGGUAGAAUCUAUCGAGGCUGUUGGAUUUGUUGAAGAAACUUUAGCUUAAAUCAAAUCAGAUCAGAUCUAUAAAGGCUUUGUCAAUGUGUUUGCUUUAAAGUGACAGUGAAAUUAGACGGCAGUGGAAUUAAUGUUAAUUACCAAAUAAUUAAGGUAACUUAAUCUUUAAUAACCUCUUGGCUGCAUCAUUCAAAACAUCCAAACACAGAAAAUAAUGCAAUACAAACAACUUUAUUAAUCCCACUAGGGGCAAUUUGUUUGGAGCACACAACACGAUAACGCACAAACAAACAAAUUAGUAAUAUAAUAAAUAACACACAAGAGGAAUUU